UAUGAAUGAACAUGACAGUGGCAGUAGGGAUGAACACGGCAAUAGGGUUGAAUACCGUAAUUAUGAACCUGAAGAAAACAUUACUGAAGAUGUGAAUGAUGAUUAUGAAAUACAAAAGGUUUUUAAUAGUUGGGAUGUUGCUAUAGAAGAAAUUGAAAAAUAUGCACGUCGUAAAGGAUUUGGGACUAGGCGUCUUCGCGUAGAAAAAUUAGACAAUGGUGAUGUUCAGCGACACACAAUAGUGUAUGAACACUUUGGUUGUCCUGAACAAAUGAAAAGUAAGAACUCGCAAAAUAAAACUACGUCUAAACAUAUAGGAUUUGACAAGCAUAAAAAUCAUGAGCUUAACCCACCAUAUCGUAACUUUCAAGAGUCUCUUAAGUUUAGUGAAAAAAUGCUUAAGGACAUCGAAUUUUAUGUGAAAAAGAUGAAUUGCAGUCCCCAACAGAUCUGUAAGGCUUUAGAAGAAAGUUAUCCAGAGCAUACAAUUUACAUGCCUAUGCUACGAUGA